GGCUUCAAGCUCGCAAACGCCGCUCCCUUUGGCAGCCAUGAAUUUCUGCCUGCCUGCACUUGCCAUCGUGGUCUCGUGCGGCCUGUCAGCCGAGGGCUUCGCUCUGCGGAACCAUGGCGUGAUGAUGAGCACACUGGAGAGGCGGCCGGCUGUCGACAAGAUCUCCCGCAGGGACUAUGCCGACUCAACGACAGCCAUCGCAGCAGCCUCCCUGCUCGGCCUGGCUGCCGGCCCAUCGACCGCAGCGGCAGACAUCGACUUGAUGAGCGCAAAGGUACACACACGCAGGGCGCGGCAGGCAUGUGUGCCUCCCAUUGGAUGCUCAAUGACAGCUGCUGGGCCUGUGUGUGUUUGUGUGUGUGUGUGUGUGUGUGUGUGUGUGAUUGUGCAGAGAUCUUACUUCAGAUACGUUCCGAGGAUAGAAAAGGUCAUACAGGCAGUGUGGCACGGCACACUCAGACGCGGGCAACAGUAACUGUCUGUCUGUCUGUCUGUCGUUGAUCUGUGUGUGUGUCAGGGCCGUGACAUGUAUGUGUUGGAUUUGCGGCCAGCGAUAGAGAGUGAGAACUGGCAGGCCGUUCAGUCGUUCUUCGAGGUGCGCAAGAACGACAACACCUACGCCAGCUACUACCUCACCCGGCCAAUGGAGAUCUGGAGCACCAGCUUCAGCGAGAAGGGCACGGGGGACCGAACCAAACAGCUUCAGUCCAUCGCUAAAGAGUUUGAGGACGGUACACACCAACACACCACACGCAUCACGACGCCUGGUUGAUUCUGCCUGUCAUCACACCUGUGUCGUCUUGUGUCAUGCAUGGUGCAGCUCUGGACAAGAUCAACGUUGCGUCGGGUGGCAAGUCGACUGCCUCCUCUGGCGGCCUGUUUGCCGGUUUGUUUGGCGGCGGCGGCGGCAAGUCUGAGGACAAGAGGCCGCCCAAGACCCGGGCGACCGAGGCGUGGAGCGAAGGCAAGGCGGCCUUCAACAAGUACAUUGCACUGGCGAACGAGGGCAUCUCGGCUGAGCUCAAGCCGCUGGAGGCCAUCCCGGACGACUUGGGCAAGUACAAACGGGCUGAGGCCCGCCCGGAGACCACCUUCUAGGCCACUGGACGGAUGGCGUGUGGUGUGGUGAUGCGAAAUGUGCUCUGUCUGUGACCGACUGGGGCGUGAUGCGAUGAUACAUAGCGAGGGAGAGAGAUUGCAGUGAGAUGCUGCAAUGAAGACGACGAUACGAUGGCUGUGAGAGCACUGGACGCAAUACAAUGACGAUUGAAUGGGCGGAGUCGAUUCGCUUUGAGCGGAAGCACAUUCGCCUCAACUUGGG